AGCGUUCGAACGGUGCGCACCUGUUGACGGUUUUUUGGUAGUUUAUUUGCUGUUGGCCUUACCCAGCUGGUGAAAUUUUCCAUUAUUAGCGUUAUUUAUGUGCAAAAUCUAAUUGAAAAUAACGUGCAACAGCGCUGCACGCAAAAACAUCCAUCAUAUCUCGUCGAUUGCAAUCGUGUGAUUAAUGGAAACGCUUUGAGCUUGAACACACACGGGCAAAGCCAAAACAUGCCUCGCCAAGGCACAGUUGAUCAAUAAAAACAACGAAAUACCGAAAAUAAAUAAUAGAAACCCUGACAAUAACCCCUCAAAGAGGCAAAAGAGUGUGGCCGCGGAACUCGUAGUUUAUGCAAACAUGCGACGAAAGCCACAGAAUUCAACACACAAUACACCAUCGAGUAGAGCCGGAGACAGAGGCGGAGGAGGAGGAGGAGGAGAAGGUUGGGGCACCUCCCAGCCAUCAGCAAUUUCCAACAAUAGAAUGCCAAGAGACCAUCGACACUUGAUGGCCAUGGCUGUGUCGUUGUUGCCACUGGCUCUUCUGCUGCUCCUCGUACAAACAGCAGCUGGUCAACAACAGAGCAUCUCACAGAUCUCCCCCAAGUCGAGCAGCCACCGCAUUCCUGCUCGCAUGAGCAUCGAGAGCACAGUUGCGGACUCCAUAAACAGCAUGGCGGAGGGUCCCUCUUUGCCCCUCGACAUCAACGAUAAUGAAACACGGGCGGAAAGAGUGGAACGCUCGGCAUCGCCCAUCCUGCAUGAUCGCCAACCUGUCGGACCCAACGACGUGCACUUUCCCGAGGAGCUGGAGAAGGACGUCUCUGCCGGAAGGUACUUUCACUACAACAUCAAGCCCACGGGAACAUUCGACAACCAGCAGGAGCAGCCAGAGCGAACGGUCUCGGCGAUAAGGGCUGGGAAAACCCUCUCGAUGGGGAGCAGUAGCUCAGAGCAGUCUUUUUUAGGGCGGGGGGACCUGCGACCGCCAGCGUCGGGGUCCCCGAUUCGGCCGAGUCUGAGCAGUACUGUCACCUCUUCGACGGGGGCCAGUGCCACCCAGGCGCCGCAUAGUCCACGCCAGAACGGAAAUCCCGACAUCCAGGACAUCAUCACGGGCAUCGUCAAGCUCCUCAAUGGCAAUGUCAAUGUCCACGCGAAUACUCAAGGGGUCAGGCGACCCUCGGCCAGUAGGAUCAAUAAUCGGGGUCCACCAAGAAUCUCCGAGACCCAGAACCUGCCCAUUGACUAUGAGGCUCAGAAGCCAGGAACUUCGAUGCGACCACCGCCUUAUCCCUUUGAUCGUCCGGAACGGCCAUUCAUUACCGGAGUGCCCAUUCCCGAGCAGAUUGUGCCCGUGCGUCCAGGAUUCGUUAGCAAUCGUCCACCUUGGUACCGCAAUAAGCCACGUCCACCCAUUGCCACAAGUGUGGGAGGCAAUCGGAGACCCCUGCCCCAGUACAAGCCCCUUCCAGCUCCACAGGUCCAGUCAUCGCCUCAACCUCAGGAUCACCUGGAUAAGAAGAACGAGCAGGAGAAGGAACAGAAUCACCAGGAGCAGCAUCAGCCAGCAGACGAUGUGGUACAACCCACUGACACCACUUACGAUUCGGAGUUCUCUAAUGAAGAUGCCAAUGCCCAGUACAUCGAAGUGUCAGACCAGGAUACGGAUGCCACUGGUGGUGGAGAGGUAGAAGAUGAACUGCAGCCGCCUCCCGCUCCACCUUCGACGACCAACAAUCCUCCAACUCCGCCAACCACACCUUCGAAGAAGAAGCACAAGCCAAAACCAGGAAGUGAGAAGAAGAAGCUACCAGAAGAGUCUCCCUUCGAUGAUGGCAUGACCACCAUCAUUGAGACCAGUUCCGUGGUGCACACUGUGAUGGGCAUGUCCUCCACGUACGUGCCCAUGUCUAUGGACAGUUCGGAAAGCCUCGGUCUGGAUCCCUCCACUGAGGAGGUGAUCUUCAUGACCGCCAAUCGAACACCCGGCCUGGAGACGAGUGCCACCUCCUCUCUGAGCAUCUCUACUUCCUCCAACCUGGCCUCAGCCAUCCAACCUUCGUCCUCCAAAGAUUCCACUACCACAACCACCACAACCACAACCACCACUACUACCACUAGCAGCUCCACCUCAACCACCACCCCGCCAUCUACUACGAGUUCCACUGAAAGUGCGCCACCUAAUAGUUCCAAUGCUAACACCAAUGCCACUCCGCCCGCCCCCUACCAUCCUCGCCCUGGAAUAGUCCUCGACGAUCCCGAAUUCAAACCCGGUGGCCGUCCACGCCCACCCAACCAGCGUCCACCCACUCAACAGACCCUUCCUUUGCCAGCAGUGCAACCCACAAGGCAGCAUCUGCCACCCGGGUACGGAGAAAUCUUUGAUGUUACACUGUCCGCCAUCCAGGGACCUGGUCCCAAGGGCAGUGGAUCCCAGCAGACGAUCAACAUCAAGCCAUACGGAACCUAUGCGGCGGGCGGAGGUCAGGGCGACAUCAUUGUGUCGGCAUCAGGUGACGACGGCUUUGUCUCGAUCGACGGCAAGCGCACUUACAUCAAUCUCUUUGGUGACCCCACAGAUCCCCCAGCGGGAGCCUCAACUCCAGCCACGCGUCUGCCUCAGUUGCCAGGCUCUGGAUCAGGAUCUGCACCAGGAUCUGCUCCGGGAGUUAGCGCCAGCAGUGGUGGAGGUGGUGGUGGUUCCUCCAGCCCCCCUGCUGUCCCUGCCAACGCAGUCACCCAGAGCAGUGGUGGGUAUGUGGUGCCCGAAACGGAGGUGGUGGAUCUUCAGGGUCACAGCAAGCCCCAAGGAGGAGCCCCCACAACGAAUGCUGGACCCACGAGACCUCACUACCGACAGAGACCAACACAGCCACCCGUAAGGAUCGACACCUGCAUUGUGGGCGAUGAUUCAACGUGCGAUCAGGCGCAGCACGAGAGGUGCAAAACGGACAACGGAGUUUCAAGCUGCCAUUGCAGACCAGGAUACUCCCGGCGAAAGCAUCGGGAGCCCUGCCGACGAGUCAUCUCCUUCCAUCUGGGCAUGCGCGUGGACAGGAUCUACGAGCAUCGAAUUGUCUGGGACACCAAGCUAAUGGACAAACAUAGCGAACCCUUUGGCCAGCUCAGCUACGAAUCCAUAAGAGCGCUGGACUCGGCAAUGUCGAUGACGCCCUACUCAGACGAGUUCAUGGAGGCCAAGGUGAACAACAUCUACCGAGGAGAUCCUAACCUGGGCGGAAGCGGUGUCUAUGUAAACAUGACCAUCAAGCUUGACGAGAGUGUGGAGACACUGCGACCCAACCUGCGCAGCGAUGUUCAGAAGCAUCUUCUGGGUGUUCUCCACCGGCGAAACAACAACAUUGGCAACUCCGUGCUGUAUGUAAGCUCUCCCGAGGGAGCAGUGUCGGCUCUGCAGGAUCUGGAUGAGUGUCAGUCACCGGAACUGAAUGAUUGCCAUUCCGGCGCCACUUGCACCAACACCUGGGGCAGCUUCCGCUGCGCCUGUGAAGCGGGACUCCGAGAUCCGUGGGCUGACCAACCGGCGCGAUCCGGACGCGAGUGUCAGGCCUGUGCGGACUCCGUUUGUAAUAACCACGGCACCUGCAGCUACGGGGACGAUGGGGCACAGGUGUGCACCUGUGACUCCAGCCACUAUGGCGCCCAAUGUGAAAUCGACGGCGAAGUGCUGGGUGUGGCCAUAGGCGCCUCUGUAGCAGCCAUUAUCAUCAUUGUCCUGACCCUCGUGUGCCUGAUCAUGUGGUCACGGCGUUGGCAGCGUGAGCAGAAGAACGCCAUGGGCUCACCAGUGUUUGGAUACAUGAACACAGCUCCUCUGAAGUCCGCCGGACUGCCACAGGCCGCCUACCAGGUGACUCUGGAGGACAGAAUGCGCUGGGCCCAGAUUGCCGACGUCAUGUCCCAGACGAACCACUACGGGCAGGCUGAGCCCAUCGGACCCACUCGGCCAUCUUCGGCGAUGUUUGCUUAUCCGAACCUGGGAGGAAUGGGAAUGGGCACGCUGGGCGGGAUGUCACUUCAGAGCACCAUGCAGAUGCAUCCCAGUGCCACGCUGGCUCCUCCAGUGCCAUUGCCCAGAAGACUUGGCCUGGGUCCCCGCUCAAAUGGAAUGCGCACCUUGGAGAACUCCAGUUCGAGCGAGGAGGAGGAUCGCGCUGAUCUGCUGGGACGCAACUUCCAAGUGCCACGCCCCAAGAGCCGCAGCAACGGCAGCAUAGCGAACCAAUCUGGCAUCUAUUACGAUGUGGACUAUGAGCCGUCCGGCAAUGGAAUUGGAAACUCCAGCGUGGACCACCUGUACGGCUCGCACAACCAGUCCGUGACGCACUCGUCAGCCCACAGCCACAUUCCGGGACCGCAGGGCAUUCCGAUGAGCACGUACACCUCGGGCCGAGCUGGUCCUGGAAGCUACUACAUGAAGUGACCACGCCUGGCCGAAAAGAACCCCAAACCCUGUACAUAUGCAACGUAGACUAAGGCGACUAAAACCCUUUUCCACUGCAGUCCCCGCGGCGACUGCAGCUGAGACGCGUUUUGAAGGAUCCCCCUUUUAGCAUGAGAAACGUAGACUUAGGACUAUCUGUAGGUUCCAUCUAGAUGUACGCAAUGCAAGCAACAACUAAUCAUUAAUCUUAGAGCCCCUUUUAAACAUUUAAAUUAUUUAACUGCUGUCCACUUAAAGUCAAAUCCCUUAAACUAGUUGCUUAGCUUACUUUACUAUGUUAAAAUCUGUAAACUAAUUAAGUUCAUAUAGCGAGAUUGUCUGUUUAUGUAUAUAAAUGAAUAAAAGAUUUAAAUUUACCAUGA